AGACCUCUGGAAUUUUUCCGCCUGGAUGCCCUGGCGACUGAAAAUGGCACGAUCGAGACAAAGUGCUUUUCCGACCGGGCUCGGGAUAUCCUCCCACAAAAGGUCGAGAGGCUAUGGGACACUCGACGGUUGUUGGGUAGCAGUGCCUUCGGUGAUGUCGUUCUUCAACAGGCCCGCGGGACGGAACAGAUGAGAGCCCUCAAAAUCGUCGUCAAAAGUCGGAUGGAUCGCGAUGAGGCCGCAGUGGACUACCACAAGGAGCUGAUAGCACUGACCGACCUCGCUAAGCACCAGCACCAGCAGCAGGAAGUCCUGGUCCGGUUCAUCGGGUGGUUUGAGGACCCAUCAGCGCUCUACCUGACGACGGAGUAUUUCCCCCUUGGGGAUCUGAGCCAGCAUAUGCAGCUGACGAUCCCUGAGAAUGAAGUAGAGGAGAUUACAACAGAUGUACUCCAGGGGCUCCGCAUCAUGCACAGGCUAGACUUUGCGCAUCGCGACCUCAAGCCAAAGAAUAUAUUCGUUGCCGCCAAGCCCCCGGACUCCCGCAGCUGGUGGGUCAAGCUGGGGGACUUCGGUAUCAGCAAGAGAGCACGGCCAGGGGAGACCCAGUUCCACACGCAGGUGGGGACACCGCACUAUGAAGCCCCCGAAAUCAGCGAUCCCGAACGAUCCACCUCGUUAUACGACAAGUCAGUCGACAUUUGGUCUCUCGGGUGUGUCGUCUACCAGCUCAUCUUCAAAAUUGUGCCUUUCCAAACGCAGGGUGACAAAGACCGAUUCUACCAAGGCCAAAAGCCUUUCCCGGGCGUCGCGCUUCAUGGUAGAAUAGGGGCCGAUGGCAUGGAGUUCGUCCGACGUCUGAUCACCCCACGGCCUGAAGAGCGCAUUUCCGCAGAGAGGGCGCUGGAAAUGUCGUGGCUGUCGCAGAAGGCACGCGAGCCCCGCCCCCAGAAGAACGAAUCAACACGCCGAACCUUUAUGGAAGGCACAAACCCCCGGCGUUUCGUCCGAGACCAAAUCCCGGCGCAAAAGGUCUCGCAAAGGUUUUCGCCACAGUCAAUGGAAGAAAAUACGGAAGAUUGCAUGACGCUGAAUGACCAUUCUGGGUCAGUUUGGCGUGUUGCAUUCUCACCAGACGGCCAGUUACUAGCAUCGGCAUCCGAGGACAAGACGGUCCGGCUCUGGCACUCUGCAACAGGGAAACUCCAUCGUAUACUGCGAGGACACUUAGAUGGGAUCCACUGCAUCGUGUUCUCGUCCGACGGUCGGCUGGCGUUCGCAUCGGGGGAUGGAACCGCUCGAAUUUGGGAAUGUAUGGAUGACAGGGCCUCGGUCAUCCUUGAAGGCCUAGAACGACGAUGA